UGACACUACUUUUGGUUAAACGACUUUCUGUGUGUUCAAGUAUGUUUCAUUUUGUCACCUCUUGUUGAGGUUUUAUUAUUACUGGAAGAAAACACUUGUUUAUAAAUAAACUUUAAAACAAUACGUGUUCAGGAACAUAUCAAGGAAAUUAAUUGAACCCUACUUUAGCUUGUGCUGGUCCAUACCAUAGGCCCCUCCCUCAGUAUCAGCCUACUGUAUUUAUCAAAAGGCCUAUAGCAUAGUUAUGGUAAGUUUAAUGUGAACAUUUUUACUUUCUAUUGUUUGUACUUAAAAUUGGGCCAGACGGAGGUCCAAAAAGGUCCACUUUGUUUACCAUAGGGGGACGAAAAAUAAUCUCAAAUCUAUUUUACAAGAUCCUGAAACAAUGUCAGAGGACGAGGAAGUUUUACUCUUUAACAAUGAUUUAUCAAGACAUAUUAUUUCAGAAGGAUAUAAUGAAUUUGAAACGUACAAUCAGCCUCAAGUAUGCUCUCAAUUCCAAUUUGCGAAAUCUUCAAUAGAAGUACCGGUAGGCCUAGGCCUAAACAAACUUUGCUGUGAAACUAAACAUCACAACUUAAUAUCAUCUCAUGAUAAGUUUAAACUGUCUAAUCUGCUCAGUAGUAAAUUAUUGCUUCCUGAAGAUUUUGAACUCGUAGAAUUUUUCAUAUCUAGAACUUCUACCUCUAACCAUCGAUCAGAACACAAAUGGAUGUAUAGUAGCGGUAUUAUUGUAACUACUUUAUCCAUGGCAUUGUAUUUUAAGAAACAGAUAAGGUUUCAGGUACCUGCAGCUCUAAUGUCAACCCUUUCAGUAAUUGGUUUGUACCACUGUUAUGAUUAUCUUUGCAGAUCGUUUGAAAAUAGAUCAUUUGUUUCUGCUAUUAGAUCUUUUCAAAGCCUAUGUUUGAAUGUCAAUAAACUAUUUCGAAUGCUGAAAGAAACUGAAAUACUCUCGACAGGUCAGGUUACUUCUCAAAAUGUUGGUGCCACUUUGUUUAUCCCAAUCAAAAGUCUUCAUGAUAAGCCACAAAUGUUACCAACAUGGAAAACAUUACCUCACCUUCGAAAGUCUUUAGCUAGUGCCUUGAUUGAUGCAAUUGAUCUGAUUAGAUCAACAUGCGAUGAGGCGAGAAAAUGUGUUCCAGAUUGGUUGUUCAUUGAUGGCUAUACAUUGUCUAAUGAUAGUUUUCUGCCAGACCAUCUCACUGCUGAAAACUUGAACAAAACUGAUUACACUAUAUCAUUAAAAGAUCUUCAGUUACUAAAUGACUCAUAUUUGACACUUCAGUCAGAGUUUUUCCGAUGGGUUGGUAUUUGCAUCUGUCCCAGUGCUUGGAAUCCAUUUGGUUCUAGUUACAAUUUCAGUCGUAGUAAAAUUCUGAGGUUGUUCUUCAAUGCUCACUCGAAAUUGAGAGGAUUAUCUUUCAAAUUGAAGUUCUAUUUUAGCAUUGAAAAUAUAUUUAGUGAUGGGGAGCUGUAUAAUAAAAAUUUUAAGAGAACAGACAGCUCAGAAAUAAGCUCUAUUCAAUCUGAAUUGCAUAAUUUGUACUUACUAAUCUUAUCCAUGUUGAUCCAUCUGAGGAAUUUAGAAGACAACUUAGAAAAUUAUUCUAUCGACAGUAAGGCCGAAUCUAGUAAGAUUAAUCUGUGUAAUAUGAAAGAUAAACUUGAUGAAGAAAUAAAAAACGUCAGAUGUGAACUUACAUAUGCUAUGAAUGUGUUCAAUGCAACCUGUCUUCAUUCUUUCUCCAACAAACAUUCGAGCUCUUCUCAUUUAGACAAACUAGAUGAUGUAGGCCUAAUUGAUGAAUGUAAAACUACAAAGCACUCCCAAGUGUUUCCAGAAGAAAAUUUCAGCCAUCUAGACUUAAACACAAAUUCUUUGGAUGAAGUAUUUUUAGCUGUUAGUGAUAUAAUUCCUGAUAGACAAGGCAAUCAAGAUGAUCUGCAUAUAGAAGAAAACCCUGUUAUUCCAAAUAGUUUGUUGGCAGAACUUUCAACUACUCUAAAACCGAUAAAAGAUACUUUUAAGGAGAGGGAAAAAGCAGCUUUAGAAAGAGCUGGUUUAGAAGACUUAAAUAGUGGAUCAGACAGCGACACUGAUGGUAUAAAACAUUUAGAUACUUCGAUUGUAAGCAGUUUAAGGCCUACCAUAAGAAAAAGAAAGCUCAGUAAACAAAGAAAACAUCGAUACAAUAAUAAAAGUCAUGAUGGAAAUACAGACAGUGAUUUUAAAAUUUCUACAAAUGAACUAGUAAACCCUCAUUCCAAUCCAGAAUCAAAAUCAACCCAAAGUUCAUCCACUUGUCAAGAAACUUCAAGCACGAGUUUUUCUGCUCUUGGUGAUAGAUCUAUUGCUAACAUGAUAGCAAUGAAAUCUCAAACUUGGGGACUGCCUGAAGAGGAAUGUUUUUCAGAUGAAUGAAUGUCUCAAAAUAGACGUGACUAACGACUUUUGCUGAGCUACAGAGCUACUUGAGGCCCUCACUCCUCCCAAAAGGUGGACGUUCUUCACGAAGAGUUCUCUAAGAUAUUGUACCCUGUAGUCCAGUGGCAUGACUAGGUUCCUCCCUCAGAGAUUUUUAAAAUUUAAUGUAAUAGAUAACUGUUCAUACUGGCAGAAAAAUUGACCAAUUAUUAAGUAAACCCUCUUAACCUGUCAAUCAGUAUCAAGAUUCGAUGUAGUUGGUGCAGGUAAUAUUAGAAAUUUAUUGAUGCGUUGGUCAGUUAUGUGAAAUAAGUUUAGUGAUUCUGUUGGACAAAAAAUUCUAUUUUGUAUUUUGAACCAUCUUGCUUUAAUAGUUUGCGAGUUAUGACUACCAGAUCCACCGAAGCAGCAAUUUCUUUCUCUUCACCCCGGCUCCACAGGUUAAAUUCAAAUUCAUUAAAAUCUGAUGCCAACAAGUUUUGGUCUAGAGGUCAAGUUUGGGUGAAGGCCUCAACAGACAGUUUUUGGGAAGAUGAUCUGGAAGAAAAAAUUAAAAAGAAAGUGUUAUUGUGUAAAAGUAUUUUCCAUACAGGCCGGUCUCUCGAGAUGAAGAAUCUUUCACAGAACGUCACCGAACCGGAGAUUAGAGAGCUCCUCAAUGACUUUCCGGUGACCAAGAUCACAGUGACGUCUGGGGCAGAUUCGUCUAUUGCCAGGGCCGAGUUGGAGAACCCAGAGAUGCUGGAAGAGUGGGACCGUGACAGGACUUUCCUUUUGUAUGGACAAUGUGUACCUGUGUGUCCUGCAGCGACAAAGAUAAUGUUGUGUGUGGCAAACCUACCUCUGAACUAUACAGAAAAAGAGUUCAACACUCUAGUCAAAUACUGUGGGGAAGUCAAACGCAGCUUCCUUAUGAUUAGUGAAAAGACUGGAGAAAGUAAAGGUUACGGGUUUGUCGAGUACAAAAGUAAAGAAAUUUCAGUACUAGCAAAGAACAUCCUCGGCAGCCAACAGAUCAACAACCAUACACUUGUCUGUGAUUGGCUGGAUUCAAGCCACGUUACAUUUGAAUCACUCCAUUCCAAGUGCCUGUAUGUAGAUGGUCUUCCAAUAAACUACUGUGACAUGAGUGAGUUUCGUAAGAUAUUUUCAUCAAUUGUCAACCCUCUAUUUUGCCAAAUUGCCUUGAAACACGGGUGUCCACAGGAUUGGGGACUUGUAGAGUACAACAACUGGGAAGAUGCAGAGGCUGUGCAGACUUCCCUCGACGGAUACAAUCUGCAUGGUAAGAACAUCAAAAUCAGUUAUUACAUUCCUGGGAUACGGGCUUUCAACCUCUAUCAGCAGCUGCUCAAUGAUGUUGACCCUAAGGAUAGAUCUACUGGGCUACUUCCUGAGCCAAAUGACCAAACUGUUGCGCAAAAUCUUCAUAACCUUUUUAAACAGAACCCUAUUUUUGCACUAAACCUGCAAAGUGUAAUCGCCACCAGUCAAAAACAAGCGACAAAUUUUGGAGAACAGCCUCCAGACCCUGAAAGAGCAUCUCUCUUAGUUACUAUGCCGGAUCUAGUCAAAAAACAGAUUAAUUUUCUAUCAGGAACAGACCUUUAUAUGUCUCCCACCAUCCAACAACCGCCAUCACCAGUGACUAGCCCACCGUUGUUCCUCAAGCCUACCCCUUUUACACCUACUAAGAUACCAUUGGUGCCAAAUCUGUCGUCAAUGGCUUCCCAGCCCUCGCAAUGGUUGAGACAUAGCCCCCCUGCUGGAGAAGUUGCUCCGGCUUUGACUGUAGAAGGGGAACCCUCUCCCAGCUAUUGGGCGGAUCUACGAGGACAGCUAACAGGAGGUACUCCUACACCCGUUUCCUUCCCCGUACCUCCUCCCAAACCACCGAGUCACCCCUACAACAUGCCUCCUCCCAAUUUUAUUCGAGAUCACGCUCCGAAUAUGCACGUAGAGUCUCACCAGAAUCUCAUACGUCUCCCCAGCAAUCAACAGAGCCAACAACAGUUCCUAACCAACUUACAUUCCCAGGGUCAACCCGCCUCGGACAUACCCUCCUUCACGUAUCCUGUCAUCAACCCGAUGGGUUCGUCCUUGCCAGUAGCCCCGCCUCUACCUCGCUCUCCACUCACAGAUUCUCCUGAACCUGUCAACUUGACACCUUUGUUGUUCUCCACAAGCACUCCUACGUACUUUUCCACCUUCCCACAACCUGUGUUCAAUCCCUUCGCAUCGCCGGACAUCAUUAGGUCGCAGGCCUCACCCACGGUUUCUCCCCAGCCCAACCCCAUCAUAACUCCUUUUGGUCAGAAGAGGAGGUUGUUACCCUCUCGCGAGCCUAGUCCAGAAAGCAACUACGUUGGUCAACAUUCUCAGGGGCUCGGCGGACAUUACGAAGGUUCCUAUUUCAAGAGAAAGAAAAAGAACUGAGUUAUAUCACUUGUAGAAAAGAUGCUGUUAUUUAAUUGUAAUAACACUUUUUUGUACUUUUAAUUACAGUCUAGUGCUUUGCUGCUAAUAAGAUUCAGACAACUGGUUAAAGUCUUAAUUUCGAGUUAUUGUUAUUAAUUUUACAAAUAAUGGAGUUUUGCUUAAGUUUAUUUAUUAUUGUUAUUUGUUAUUGUAACCAGACCCGAAUCGACAGCUGCUCGGAGUGCUUUCCUCAAUUGUGAUCAUUAUGACUCGUGUAAUAGGAAUUUGUUGUUAUUAUUUUUUGUACGAAUUGACUUUUGUUUAAGUUUAUUUAUUAUUGUUAUUUGUUAUUGUAACCACAGCCCUAUUGACUGCUGUUCCUAUAAACUGCCUCUGCCUAUAAAAAAAAAAUGUCAGUUCUGCCUAGAAUUUCAAAACUGUUUGCCUUAAUUGUCUUUUAUUAGGAAUCUAGAGACUUGCGCUCCUAUUCUAAUCGCAAUAAUGAAAUGGAAUCAUGACUAUGCUCCGGUCCAGUUUUGCUAUGCACCACUUUGGACAAAAACAGGGAAGACUCGCUGACAUUUUCUUGCAUAUUUUAGAGUGUUAUUGUUAACAAUUAACUAUGUAAAUAAUAUUUUGAUUCAACUGAUACACAAUAUUUUUUUCUAAAAAAGUAUUUCUAUUUCCAACACCAAACUGUGUCUAGUACUGUAGUGAAGAAGGGGCUAAUUGUUUCUCUGUAGCACAGUUAGUUGGUAACACGAGUAUGUUUUAUCUAUGGUAACACUUUGCAACUUUCAUUUCUACUUGAUCAAUAUUUUUUCAAUGAAUAACUAAGCAUUUAUUGAAAUUAUUCAGCUGUGUUUCUGGUUUAUCUAUUAAGCUAAAAUCAUUAAUAAAUCAAUUUAUACAGUAGGCUACCGGUACUUUACAUGUUUUCAUAAUUGUCCAUUUUAACUGGCCUGUUAGUUGACCUGACCUAUGCUUGGUUUUGUAAUGGUCAGUUAAGAGAGGUUCUGUAACUUUGUUUUUAAUAUAGUUAUAAUAGUGUAUAAAAAUAUGCCAAGGUUUCAGAAAUGUCAAAUAGACUUAAGUAUAUGUUUAUUUAUCAGGCAAAGCUCAGCACCAUUUCCUAGAGAUAAAUGUACAAUCCUACAUAAACAAUUAUAUAGGGAUAGUGAAUUAAAAGAUCAUCAUUUUUCAUUCACACUCAAAGAAAGAUAAGCUACAAGAUAUGGCUUACAUAACAUUCAAAUCUAUGUGUAUGUACAGAUAUAAGAAGACAUAUCUGUGCAGGUGGUUGACAUAGUUUAGCUACAAUAAAGAAGGGACAAAAGUCAAUAACUUAAACGAUUAAAAUACAAUGCUACAAAAAAAAAACUGCUAUGAACACUUUGAUAUGGAUCCAAAGGUUUAAAAAAUAGAUAAAAUAGAUUUUGAGACAUAGACUGUGGUAAGAUGACAUCCGUAUAUAAUUUUGUCAGUGAUGAUGUUUCUUUCACAAAUUGUAUCCAUAACAUAUUUAAAGAAAGCAAAAACAAUUAACAACUAAAUUACAAUAAUAAUAAUAUAACUUGAUUACAGUAAGUGGGUAAUUAUAAUUUAAUCCACAUAGGCCUAUUGUGCAAAGUAUCCAAAUAGUCAUUUAAAUAGUAAAAGCAUUAUCAAGCCCAUUUAUGAAUUUGCAGGCGCAAAUAUUUUGGUUUGGUAAUUAAUAAACCUUCAUUUUCAUACAUCUACACUCUAAUCGUUGAUAACUUACUACAUAAUGUAGUGUAAACAUAUAUUUACAAUUUGAAUAUAAUAUUGUAUUAAUUAUUCAAUAUUUGCAGUUAUGUAAUAUGAUAGGUUGUCAAUAUAUUUAUACUGGAUGUAAGUAAGUAAACUGGUGUUUCCUUUUGUAGUCUUGUUUAUUGUUUAUCAUUUUUAGUGCGAUAAUUUGUGAUGUUUGAAAUUGGUUUUUAUGAUUGUUUUUUAAACAAUUUUAUAGCCAGUUCAUGGUAUUGUACAAUAAAUACUAUUUUUUCCAUACUGAAAUCAAUACCGGUGCUGAACUUUUUGAUCUUUUUCAUUUAAUAAAAUAAUUCUAGUUA